AUGUGGAGGUCCUGGGCUGGCGUGGUUACACGUGGUCUGGUGAAGAAGCCAGAUGUGGAGGUCCUGGACUGGCGUGGUUACACAUGGUCUGAGGUGAAGAAGCCAGAUGUGGAGGUCCUGGACUGGCGUGGUUACACAUGGUCUGGGGUGAAGAAGCCAGAUGUGGAGGUCCUGGACUGGCGUGGUUACACAUGGUCUGAGGUGAAGAAGCCAGAUGUGGAGGUCCUGGACUGGCGUGGUUACACGUGGUCUGGGGUGAAGAAGCCAGAUGUGGAGGUCCUGGACUGGCGUGGUUACACGUGGUCUGAGGUGAAGAAGCCAGAUGUGGAGGUCCUGGACUGGCGUGGUUACACGUGGUCUGAGGUGAAGAAGCCAGUUGUGGAGGUCCUGGACUGGCGUGGUUACACGUGGUCUGAGGUGAAGAAGCCAGAUGUGGAGGUCCUGGACUGGCGUGGUUACACAUGGUCUGAGGUGAAGAAGCCAGAUGUGGAGGUCCUGGACUGGCGUGGUUACACAUGGUCUGAGGUGAAGAAGCCAGAUGUGGAGGUCCUGGGCUGGCGUGGUUACACAUGGUCUGAGGUGAAGAAGCCAGAUGUGGAGGUCCUGGACUGGCGUGGUUACACGUGGUCUGAGGUGAAGAAGCCAGAUGUGGAGGUCCUGGACUGGCGUGGUUACACAUGGUCUGAGGUGAAGAAGCCAGAUGUGGAGGUCCUGGACUGGCGUGGUUACACAUGGUCUGAGGUGAAGAAGCCAGUUGUGGAGGUCCUGGACUGGCGUGAUUAUAUGGUCUGGGGUUGUGAGGCCAGUUGGAUGUACUGCCAAAUUCUCCAAAACAACGUUGGAAGCAGCCUUUUAUUGUCCCAACACAAUGUGCAGCUGUGUAAUGAUCUGUUUAAAACCCCCUAGAGUACAUCCUAAGUAACCUAAUAAAAAUGAAUCUGUCAGU